GACGACUAUAAAUUAAGUACCGAACCCAACAAUUGUCAAGCUUGAAGAAGUAAGCAAGCAAGCAAGCUAUUCGAAAGGCAGUUUCUUCUUCUUCUUCUUCUCAUAAAAAUGGUUGGGCUUUCUCCGGUCAAAGUCAAAUUCCUCUGUAGUUACGGCGGCAAGAUUCUUCCUCGCCAUCCGGACGGCAAGCUCCGUUACUAUGGUGGUGAGACGCGUGUACUAUCUGUAGAUCGCUCCAUCUCCUUUUCCGAGCUGUUGAUGAAGCUCGGAGAAAUGUAUGGUUCACCGGUGUGUCUGAGGUGUCAGCUGCCGACGGAAGACUUAGAUGCUCUGGUUUCCAUAACUUCCGAUGAGGAUCUUGCAAAUAUCCUAGAGGAAUACGAUCAAAGCGGUUCAUUGUCAAUAAAGAUCCGAUCUUUCCUUUCUCCACUCAAAUCUACCAAUAACGGCAAUAAGUACUCCCAUUCGCCCUCCAGUGCUUCUUCCUCAUCCACUACUGAUGAUUCUAUGUCCCCAAAAUUGCCCUACUCUGCUCCUAGACACUUUUUAGCCCCAUCUCCUAGUUAUGUCCACCACAUAUCAAAGCCAUCUAUGAUGUGUCCUUCUUAUGAGAGAAGUAGUGGAAGAACUCCUCACUGGGCCCACCACUUCGGUCCUGGGAACAAUAAUGGCCACGUUUAUCCCAUCCACCAUGGCCAUCACUGAAUCACUGGCAAUUAUGGAAGCUCCUGGAGCUUAUAAAAAAAAGGGAAACAUUCAUUGAAUAUAAAUAUGUCAUCUUCAUAUGCCAAUAUCCCUCCGUUUACUUUUACUUGCCGUUUACUUUCUUACUUGUGGGUUUUUAUUACUUGCCCCUCGUUUAGCAUUACAAAUGUAUAGAAGGCAUAUAUAAAUGUCCUUAUAUUUUCAUCUUCUCUUCUGUUCUCUACCGUUUCAUUUCAUUUUCCUAUUUUUUCAACACCAUACCUUUUCUGCCUAAUCCCAUCCUGGCGAAAAGUCUACCUGAACACGUGAAAAUAAACGGAGGGGUUAUUCAAGAAACGUGGAGAAACCAUUAACCCAAAAAGAAAAGAAAGAAAGAAAGAAGAGCUGAGAAGAUGCGUGAAUGAUAAGGGCAAUUAUCAUAGAAAAGGAUUGUUGUUUUCCUGAUUUGUCCAGCCGCAGUUUGUUUGUUGAACUAUAUAGUGCUAGUUGAAUUCAAUUUUGAAUCCUUCCAAUAUGACGAAGGUUCCUUGCCAAGACUCUUUUAUUAUGUUCUUGCAAGCUGGUUGUAUAUAAAUAUUCGAUUCGCAAUUCAUUGAUUCAUUCUCUGUAUUAAUCAUAGCUAAAGCAUUAUUUGCAGUAAUAUUCCUUAUUCUUUUUCAAUUUUGUUAACCGAG